AUGGCGGAACGCCGAAAGCAUGUGCCUGCCAAAACGCAGACAGAUUAUGCCAAAAAGAAACGUUAUUUGAAAAUAAAGACACGUGACUGUAAAUACCAGAUAAAGACACGUGACUGUAAACACCAGAUAAAGACACGUGACUGUAAAUACCAGAUAAAGACACGUGACUGUAAAUACCAGAUAUACACACGUGACUGUAAAUACCAGAUAAAGACACGUGACUGUAAACACCAGAUAAAGACACGUGACUGUAAAUACCAGAUAAAGACACGUGACUGUAAAUACCAGAUAAAGACACGUGACUGUAAAUACCAGAUAAAGACACGUGACUGUAAACACCAGAUAAAGACACGUGACUGUAAAUACCAGAUAAAGACACGUGACUGUAAACACCAGAUAUACACACGUGACUGUAAACACCAGAUAUACACACGUGACUGUAAACACCAGAUAAAGACACGUGACUGUAAAUACCAGAUAUACACACGUGACUGUAAAUACCAGAUAAAGACACGUGACUGUAAACACCAGAUAAAGACACGUGACUGUAAACACCAGAUAAAGACACGUGACUGUAAAUACCAGAUAAAGACACGUGACUGUAAAUACCAGAUAAAGACACGUGACUGUAAAUACCAGAUAAAGACACGUGACUGUAAACACCAGAUAAAGACACGUGACUGUAAACACCAGAUAAAGACACAUGACUGUAAACAUCAGAUACACACAUGUACAGAAACAGCGUUAGGUAUACUGAUAUACAGAAACAGCGUUAGGUAUACUGAUGUACAGAAACAGCGUUAGGUAUACUGAUAUACAGAAACAGCGUUAGGUAUACUGAUGUACAGAAACAGCGUUAGGUAUACUGAUAUACAGAAACAGCGUUAGGUAUACUGAUGUACAGAAACAGCGUUAGGUAUACUGAUAUACAGAAACAGCGUUAGGUAUACUGAUGUACAGAAACAACUUUAGGUAUACUGCUAUACAGAAACAGCGUUAGGUAUACUGAUGUACAGAAACAGCGUUAGGUAUACUGAUGUACAGAAACAGCGUUAGGUAUACUGAUGUACAGAAACAACUUUAGGUAUACUGAUAUACAGAAACAGCGUUAGGUAUACUGAUGUACAGAAACAACUUUAGGUAUACUGAUAUACAGAAACAACUUUAGGUAUACUGAUGUACAGAAACAGCGUUAGGUAUACUGAUGUACAGAAACAACUUUAGGUAUACUGAUGUACAGAAACAACUUUAGGUAUACUGAUGUACAGAAACAACUUUAGGUAUACUGAUGUACAGAAACAACUUUAGGUAUACUGAUGUACAGAAACAGCGUUAGGUAUACUGAUAUACAGAAACAGCGUUAGGUAUACUGAUGUACAGAAACAACUUUAGGUAUACUGAUGUACAGAAACAGCGUUAGGUAUACUGAUAUACAGAAACAACUUUCGGUAUACUGAUGUACAAAAAACAGCGUUAGGUAUACUGAUGUACAGAAACAGCGUUAGGUAUACUGAUGUACAGAAACAGCGUUAGGUAUACUGAUGUACAGAAACAGCGUUAGGUAUACUGAUGUACAGAAACAGCGUUAGGUAUACUGAUGUACAGAAACAGCGUUAGGUAUACUGAUGUACAGAAACAACGUUAGGUAUACUGAUGUACAGAAACAGCGUUAGGUAUACUGAUGUACAGAAACAGCGUUAGGUAUACUGAUGUACAGAAACAGCGUUAGGUAUACUGAUGUACAGAAACAACUUUAGGUAUACUGAUGUACAGAAACAACUUUAGGUAUACUGAUGUACAGAAACAGCGUUAGGUAUACUGAUACACA